UGCAUGCCCGGGUUUCUCCAGCCUAAGUUAUAUAUACAGCAUCGCGUGGCUGCGAUCGCGCUGUACCGGGCGCUUCUUUCUCGAUGCUCAUCCGCAAACGCUCUCCAGAAUGAGGAGCGCACGUUGUUACACAACGCCAUUCGUAACAAGUUCCGCCAGAACCGGAAAUUGCAAAGCUCCCGACAGCUAGGGCUUGUUUUCAAAGCUGGAUAUGAGGUACUCAGUCACCUCGAUGCGUCUCAGACCCUGAAUUCGAAGAGCGUAGAUGCUUUGAAGACCCUUAUACCAUCUCUUCCCCGUCGUAUCGUACGCUCGUCAUCGCGACGGCGACACACAAAGCCACAAUUAGACCCCUCUGCGAAAGAUCACGGCGCCGUGCUUCCGCCCGAGAAAGCCUUGUUGAACGUACGCCCUUACGCGAAGACGAAUGGCCCUCGCCAUGUCCCCAUACUUGCUUCCGCGAACGGCAUCCCGUUCCUCCGCAUCAAGAAGCCACAGCCGCCGGUGCUGAGUCGCGUAAUCCGCCAGGCGCUACAACGGCGCAUAGACAAUUUUCAUGACAGAAUUCUGUUUCUGAAUUACUGGAUCCCGCUGUCGAAUCACGAGGAUGAAUGGGACGCGAUAUUGAAACGGGAGUGCGGUUUCGUGGAGAAAGAUACUAGGAAAUAUGGAACGUUCGAUCCUCUGUGGGUAUAUCAAGUGAAUAUCGCAGAACAAGCAAAUCGGGCGGCCCACGAGAAGGAUAUCAAAAAGGCAACAGAAACUGCGACGAGGAUGACCGAAUUGAUAGACAAAGAGACGGAGUUAGCGAUCCAGGAAGGUCAGAAGAUCGUGAGAGGUAGGAAGACUAAGCCGAUUCGCGAUCGGUGGCUGAAAUAA